CUCUCCCCAGUGGGCGGUCUGUUACCUCGCAUGCCCCUCCGCUGAGUUGGACUCGCAGGGCCUGAGUGACUUUGGAAGCCUCCGCCGGCUCCUGCCCGGCCCUGCCUUCGUGCCCACGAUUCUGGGCACAGGAAUGGGCGGAGGAAGCAUCGGGAAGGACCAAGUCCCGGCUCCCCGUGUAUCGCCGUCCCUCACGUGUGACCUGCUCUGAGGGUGUAGCAGCCGAGGCAGAAGCACGUUCGAACCCGUGCUGCUGGGGUCUCAGGGGUCAUGCUGCGGCAGCCCGGCGCCUGACAAGCGAGGCGAACCUGCCAGGGGAUUAGUGCCAGCACGCCAGCUAACGGCAGGACAGGCCGGCCUCGGGGGAGCGGGGAUGGGCAGAGCAGCCCUGCUCCCGGGCCGGCAGCACCAGAAAGGAGGCCUGGACCCCAACUGGACGCUCAGCACACGCUCCUGACCCAGCCAGCAUCGGAGCGAGCACCCCACCGAGCGGCAGCUGGUCCGAGCCUCGGGGACCCCCCUCUGUAAGCGCAUUUGGAGCUGUGACUAGCAGUAACGGGCCCGGGACCCGCGCCACGGAUGGGAAGCCGUCGAGCAGAGCCGGCCACACCGGAUCUGGGUCACUGCACCAGAGCCAUCCGACAUCCACGGAGCUCCCUGGUGUUCUUCUCUCAGGGUGGGGGGCUGGUUCCCCUCUCCUGGCAGAGGGGGUAGGCCAGCUCUUGUAUGGAACCCAGGCCCCCUGACGCCCUCGUGCUCCCUGUUGUGACUGGGGUUCCAGGGCUUCCCCGCUGCAGGGGACGAGGGGCUGCCUCGGCAUCUGCUCAUGAGCCACAAGGACCCCGACUGCUCCAGACUGGACCAUUUCAAGCCACCAAAGAGGGGGGACCCCAGAGCUGGCAGCCGGCAGUGCCAAGGGACUAGAGGGCUGGGAUGGACUGACCUCCCCCUCGCCAGGCCAGCAGGAGAGGCAGAGCCUCUGUGGCCCAGCUAGUGACGCAGAGACCGAGGAAGCCCUGAGCGGGCGCCCAAGCAGCUCAGGGACGGAGGAGCCGCUCCUGACCACGACGUGCUUGCUCCUCGCGCCGAAGGAGGGCGUGGCCCGGGACCCCUGCCGGCUGUGCCCUAUGCCCUUUGCACGUGGUGCCAGAACAGGCAGGCUGCGUUGUGGCUGGCGCCUCGGCGGGCUGGGAGAGGGGCUGCGGUGACGGCCGCCCGCCACCAUGAAGUGCUCCCUGCGGGUGUGGUUCCUGUCUGUGGCCUUCCUGCUGGUGUUCAUCAUGUCCCUGCUCUUCACCUACUCGCACCACAGCAUGGCCACCCUGCCCUACCUGGACUCGGGCGCCCUGGGUGGGACCCACCGGGUGAAGCUGGUGCCUGGCUACGCCGGCCUGCAGCGCCUCAGCAAGGAGGGGCUGGCGAGUGGUUCGACAGCCACUUCGACGGCAACAUCUCCCCGGUCUGGACCCGAGAGAACAUGGAUCUCCCCCCAGAUGUCCAGAGGUGGUGGAUGAUGCUGCAGCCCCAGUUCAAAUCCCACAACACCAACGAGGUGCUGGAGAAGCUGUUCCAGAUAGUUCCGGGCGAGAACCCCUACCGUUUCCGGGACCCCCACCAGUGCCGGCGCUGUGCCGUGGUGGGCAACUCAGGCAACCUGCGGGGCUCCGGCUACGGGCCGGAUGUGGACGGGCACAACUUCAUCAUGAGGAUGAAUCAGGCACCAACUGUGGGCUUCGAGCAGGAUGUCGGCAGCCGAACCACCCACCACUUCAUGUACCCAGAGAGCGCCAGGAACCUGCCCGCCAACGUCAGCUUCGUGCUUGUGCCCUUCAAGGCCCUGGACCUGCUGUGGAUCGCCAGCGCCCUGUCCACGGGGCAGAUCCGAUUCACCUAUGCUCCGGUGAAGUCCUUCCUUCGAGUGGACAAAGAAAAGGUCCAGAUCUACAACCCAGCCUUCUUCAAGUACAUCCACGACAGGUGGACGGAGCAUCAUGGGCGGUACCCUUCCACAGGGAUGCUGGUGCUCUUCUUUGCCCUGCAUGUGUGUGAUGAGGUGAAUGUCUAUGGGUUCGGGGCCGACAGCCGGGGCAACUGGCACCAUUACUGGGAGAACAACCGGUACGCGGGCGAGUUCCGGAAGACGGGCGUGCACGACGCGGACUUUGAGGCCCACAUCAUCGACAUGUUGGCCAAAGCCAGCAAGAUCGAGGUCUACCGAGGCAACUGAGCCAGGCACGCCGCGACCCUUCGGGCCCAGCCACGAGGCGCGGGCGCGCGCUGCGACCCAGGACUCCAGGCCAGCCUGAGGGCGGUGGCCUGGGCGUCGCCAGGCGAUCCAGAGCGACGCCAGCCACGGUCUGGACCAAUCAUUCUGCAGUCCAGCCUGCGCCUGCUGUGUCCCGCCAAUCAGGAGACUGGGGCUGGCCCGGGGCUGGCACCAAUCUGCGCUGCAGUAGGGCGGAGCUUUUGUUUCUCCCAGCCAAUCAUGCGACUCAAGGAGGACUUCCGGCGCUGUAUCCGUCUCCUCCAAUCAAUGGCCUUCGGAGGCGGGCGGCAGCCUCUCAAUCCCCACUCCCUUAUGCUUUUGGAUAGGAUGUCUUUUUCCGCUUUUUAAGAAGUAGAGGUUGCUUUUGGCCUCGGUGAAGUACUUUCUCAGGCUUGGCGGGAGUAACGGCUCAGUCGCUGGCCGGCCUGACCCCACCGGUGCGCCGGGGCGGGGGCAAGGGCGGUCUGGUCUGGGGGUGUCCCGGCCCCGGGGCUGGCGGUCUGGUCUGGGCGUGUCCCGGCCCCGGGGCUGGCGGCGGGAGCCGGCCGCAUUUGCCAGGGCUGCGCCUUCACCCUGGGGAGAGCUAGCGGCCCCGGGGUGCUGGGGCCUCCCAGGGCGUCCUAAACUCCACUUCUCUAUCAGGCCGGGAUGGGUGAAUGCGAACCCACCAAAGAAUGCAGUCAGGCUGACGCCCGGGGCCCCUUCUCCCUAACCCCCUCCUGCCUUCGGCCAUGUGUGCAAUGGCCUCCGACCAGGGCAUUUCGAGUCUCCCCCGAGAACUAGGGAGUUGUAUCACCCCUCGCCUGAGAGUGGGGUUCGCCUAGGCCCCAACUGCAGGACACAGGUGUAAGGAACAGGGCAGGGGACAACGAAGGCCUGCCACGUCCAAUGUAAGGUGCUUCUCACCCACGUGUGCCCUCGGCCUCUACCGAUCACCCACAACCUCUGUAGUGUCUCCUAGGCCUGGGCCUCCUCACCAGCCCUCUUGUUGCUCCGGGGGAAAAAAAAUCAGAAAGUGUGCCCUGGGAUUGGGGCCCUGCUGCUUCUCUGUGUGUCUGUCUCGCGCACAUGCACGUCUUUGGCUGGCUCUAAGGAGAGAGCAACACGUUGAAAUGCUGGAGGCGGGGGCCCAGCGGCCUGGUGCAUGCACCUUCCUCCUUCACCAACACCCCAAAGAGGAGUAGGAAGCCUCUUGCUUGGGGGUGGAAUUGCUUGGGGCUCAUAAUGUAGUUAAGCUGGCUGCCAGGUAUGGCUGACCACCGGAGGUUCUCUGGAACUCCGAGCUGGCCUCGCACAAGGCAGGAGACUCACUGGGGAGGGUGGGCUUGCCCUGCUGCAUGCCCCUCUCUGCCUGCGCACCCUUCCCGCCCCUCCCUGUUAACCCACUUUCCAUUUCCAGCUCUAGAAGGGCUGGAAAGCAACACCCAGGGGCUCUAACUGGAAGCUGCUUGCUUGACUGAACCCAGCAAGUCCCCAGAGGAAGCUGCUGACUGCAUUCUCACCCUUCAAGGUUGGAGACGGCUAGGAGGGGAAGGGCUUCUGUGAAGCCCCUAAGCCACCGAAAGGAUCCCCCUUCCCAACAGUGGGGAGACUGAUAGCACCCCUUUUCUUAGUUGACAGCAGGAAGCAGACUCCUGCAGCUGGCGAGUGUGUUUGUUAGAGGGUCCCAGCUGUCGGUGGGCACCCCUAAAUAUUAAUAUAUUUAGAGCAUAGCUUGAGUCUGUUCCUUCGCAGUUCCAAAAGGAAGAGGAGGAAGGAAUGGGGGCGGGCUGGGGGGUUGUAGGAUGCCUCUCAGGGCCUCCCCACACACACCACUGUCCAGUCCAGGCACCAGCGUUCUUGCCAGCGCCCCUCAGCGCAGCUGGAGGGGCUGAGUGUUCAAAUGAAGAACAAUGCAAUUAUGCCAAACAGUAUUGAGCAGAAUAAUUUAUUUCUUGUUUCUUUUCCUUUUUUGUUUCAUUUAAACUAUUAAUUCCCCUUCUGGGAGAGGUAGGUCCCAGCAUCCAGCCCAGAUCUCCUUUUCUGCAAUAGUUAUUUAAACUUUUUUUUUUUUAAUUUUCUUCCCUUUCUCUCUUUCUGAAGUAAAAACAACGAAA